UUUUGCAAAUGUCACCUAUACACUGACAGCUGUUAGAUUUUCUCACAGGCCUCACUGACAUUUCGCAUUUUGGAGAACCGUAGCAGCCAAGGGUUUUUCAUAGAUUUUCCAUAGGAAUUUAACUGGAAACGCUCCCACAGACUUAAAUAAAUUAACAGUUAAUCAUGUCUUUCGCUAAGAAUGCUCGUAUGUUGGCUACCCGUGGUGCCCGUUUCGUUCAAACCCGUGGCUAUGCUGACGAAAUGAAACUUACCUUCGCUGCCGCCAACAAGACUUUCUACGAUAAUGCCGAAGUACGUCAAGUUGAUGUGCCCUCAUUCUCUGGCAGCUUUGGUAUAUUGGCCAAGCAUGUACCUACUUUGGCUGUCUUGAAACCCGGCGUUGUCCAAGUAUACGAAACUGAUGGUAAGACCUCCAAAUACUUCGUAUCCAGCGGUACCAUCUCCGUCAAUGAAGAUUCUUCCGUACAAGUUUUGGCCGAAGAAGCUCACAGUGUUGCCGACAUCGAUGUUGCUGAAGCUCGUCAAUUGUUGUCCCAAUACCAAUCAGCUCUUUCCUCUGCCUCCUCUGAUUUGGCUAAAGCUGAAGCUGCCAUUGCCAUUGAAGCUUGUGAAGCUCUUGUCAAAGCUGCCGAAUAAAUUUUCUUUUUAACUUUUGUUUAAGUCUAAAAACAAUAAACAACUCGUAUAAAUGCAACAUCUUUAAAAAUUCCGUUAAAAACUUAAUAAAUUAUUUAAGUGUAAUAAAAUAUAAAAAAUGGGUUUUUAAAAAACCUCUUUAAAACUCUA